AGUAAACCGCCGGCGUCGUUUCAUUCAAAAUGGCGUCUGAGUUUUAUCGUGAGGUGGAAGUAGAUCUUUGUGCUGAUGAUCAGAUGGCUUUGUUUUACAGCGAAACUUUCAGCUGUCGGGAUAUAAAACGUUUCUGCGUGUGUGUGUAGAGGUUAAUAAGAUGGUCGUCAGGUGUGGACACGGUUUAGUAAAGCGGUUUAAUUCCCUCAGGUUCGGACCCUGAAGACCCAGAAGAUCUGGAGGACCCAGAAGUUCUGGAGGACCUGGACACAGAAGACCUGGACACAGAAGACGCUGAGAACCUGUCUGUGGACGUCACCCAAGCUGCAGGCUAUAAAACACACCCACCUCUGGCUCAGACCCACAGGAACAGGGGGUUUCAUUCAGGUCCAAAUGCCACCAGGAACUCAGGAGGAAACCGGGUCACUUCUGAGGAACCUCAGACCAACGGGGUUCCAGAACCGCAUGGCGUGAUGGAGCAGAGUCUGGAACCAAAGGAUGGAGAAUUCAAACCAGACACAUCUGGACACAUCAGGACACCAGAUGGAGAAGCAGGACAUUUUGGACAAAUCGAUCCCAACUUAAAGCUAAACAAGAUUCUCGAUUCUCCCGGUGCUCACGUGACAACAUCUGGAUUUAUAAAGUCGGAAAAUGGACAGGAGAUGGAACUUUGGGGACUCCGUGCCAGUCCAGGUAAAAGUGAAGGUCCAGAAUAUUUUGGGGGAAGUAAUGGUAGUGUGAUCACAGCUGGAGAAACAUCAGGUUCUAGAGGAACCCACUCCAGCUGCUUCAUAUCAAGCGAUGAUCCUCAGAAUGCGUCUGGACACACAAACACAUUAGCUGGAAGAGUCGCAGAUGUCCAUGCCAACACUGCUGUGUUUGUAGAUUCCAGUGACAGUCAGACCACAUCUGCAGGAACAUCUGGCGAUAAAGGAAGCAACGUAAACUGGGCUAUAACCGGUGACGCAGCUAGCGUCGGUGACAUUAACGGCGAUCUAACUGCACCUACAGCCGUAAACACGUCGGAUGGAGAAGAUGCAGAUAUUUGGGAUUUUCAUGGUUCUUGGGAAAUUACAGGGACCUUUGAAAGCAACAUUAGUCCAAAGGUAGCUGAUGAAACGGUGGAUAUCAAAGAACCCACUGCUAAUGUAGCCACAUCUGGAGAUGCAUCAUGUCAAAGCAGAAGCAAUAACAGCACAAUUGUUAGAAAAGAAAUGCCAGGAACCUGUGAAACAAACAUCAGACCAUGUGAAGCGGUGGACGUUAGAGAAACUAGUGUGAGUUUGUCCACAUCUGGAGAAACAGCAGGUUCUGGGAGAACCAGUGCCAACCCAGAUGAACUUGGUGGCGGUCUUAUGACACACGGGAACGUAAGUCCAUUGGAUUUCAGAACAGCUGCUACUGUAUCUGGAGAUCCCACGAGGAUGAAGAUAACCGGUGUGAGCCAAGCGCUAGAUGGACCCAUCGACCCUCUGCUGCUUAUGGACGGUGUGUUACCUCGGGGUCAGGUCGCUGGGAAUCUCCUACUAGGAAAUGAUGGACCCAAAGAAAACCCUGAGUGUCUGGUACGUCCACGGGUGUGUGUCGGGAAGGGGCGGAGUUCCUGCUGUACAGAGCUGGAGAUGAGAAUACCAAACGGAGAUGUGGACAGUAGCGAAUUACAGAUAAGACACAAGCUUCACUGUGAAGGACCUUUUACAAACGAGGCUCUGGAGAAAGGCAUCCGGGUGGGAACUUGUGGAUACUUGGUUAUAAACCAAAGGAGCAUUUCAGGAACCUCCUGCAUCCCCAUUUAUUCUAUCAGGGAACCUUGGAAGGCCGCAGAAAGACCACACGAUGCGAGAAGCUCCUCAGAUGCACCAGAGACCAUCUCAGAACCUUCUGUAGUUAAUGAUGACGAAGAGGCGAGCAAGCAGGAGACAGAAACGCGACCGGAGAGCGACGUAGACUUGAGAGAUGCUGCCGGCGUGACGAGACCGCGGACGCUGAGGACUGAUCCCAACCAGGUGAUGUCGCUCAGCUGUGACUCCACCCCCCUGGAUCAGGAUAACGCUGGAUAUUUUGUGGACGAUGGAGACAUGGAUGUUAUUCUGAACAGUUUGGAGCUCGGUCGUCGACAGAGCGCUCCUGAUAAACUUCAGCAGAGCGAACACGUCGAUCCCGAACCUUCAGCCGAGAAGAUGCUGAGCAGGAAGCACGGCCUCUCGGACCUCCUCACCAGAAGUCUGUUUUCCUGGAAGCCCAAAGAGUCGAAGGCCACAGCAGCUGCUUCAGGGUGGAGAAUAUUUGGGAAGAUUUCUCCUAAAGGGAACGACACCGGAGACUCGGGAACGCCGCAGCAGCCUGAGCCAGUGAGACGUAAGGACCUGGAGUUUGAGCCUCUCUCCACCACAGGCCUCAUUCUGGAGGACAGACCUGCGAACCUGCCGGCGAAGUCAGAGGAGGAAGCUCAGAGACACAGACAGCAGUACAGCGAGAUGAUGGCAGGAGCCAAGAGGAGAGAGCUGAAGGAGGCUCAGCGGAAAAAGAAGCAGAUGAAGGAGAGACACCGGCAGGAGGAGAGCAUCGCCCGAGCUGUGGUGGUGUGGAACACUGAGAUCCUGCCCAACUGGGAGAACAUGAGGAACACGCGGCGUGUGCGGGACCUGUGGUGGCAGGGCCUCCCACCCAGUAUCCGUGGCAAAAUCUGGAGCCUCGCCAUCGGAAACGAGCUCAACAUCACCCCCGAACUGUAUGAAAUCUUUCUGUCCCGAGCGAAAGAGAAGUGGCGCAGUUUCUCUGAGACAGGAUCACUGAGUGAGAGUGAAGACUGUGGUGUCGAUAAGGAGUCGAGUCUGGACCUGAUUAAACUGGACAUUUUCCGGACUUUCCCCUCGCUCUUUAUAUUCCAGAAGGGUGGGCCGUAUCACGAUGUUCUACAUAAUGUCCUGGGUGCAUACACCUGUUACAGACCUGAUGUAGGAUAUGUACAGGGAAUGUCCUUCAUAGCUGCUGUUCUUAUUCUGAACCUCGAGGAAGCCGACGCCUUUAUUGCCUUUGCAAACCUCCUCAACAAACCAUGUCAAAUGGCCUUCUUUAGGGUGGACCAUGACCUGAUGUUGAAGUAUUUUGCAGCGUUUGAGGUUUUCUUUGAGGAGAAUCUCCCUAAAUUAUUCCAGCACUUUCAGAGCAACAGUCUGACUCCAGAUUUUUACCUCAUAGACUGGAUCUUUACGUUGUACAGUAAGCCGUUGCCACUGGACGUGGCAUGUCGUGUGUGGGAUUUGUUUUGCCGUGACGGGGAGGAAGCUCUGUUCCGCACAGCCUUGGGAAUCCUGCGCCUUUAUCAGGACGUCCUGCUGCAGAUGGACUUCAUCCACAGUGCCCAGUUCCUGUCCCGCCUCCUGCAGAACACCCCAGCACACACACUCUUCACCUGCAUCGCUAACACACACAUGAUCAGCAACAACCGUCGCUGGAACCAGGUGUUUUCAGCUCUGAUGAAAGAUGGACCUAAAGAAGCUGAUAAAACAGGAAGUCCUGCGUUAAGAAGCUAACAGCUGACACCUAAUGAAGUAGCAGGUUCUGGGAAUGUUUAAACACACUGUCGUGUUCAGUAUUAACGAGACGGACUGCAGAGCUUCAGCAACUCGUGGAAGAUGUUGGGAAGAAAUUCAGCAGCAAAAGACAUUUCAUUUUGUGUGUGUGUGUGUGUGUGUGAGAGAGAGAGGUAUUACUGUAAAGUUAUCUAUGCCAAGUGCCAAAUGUUUGUGACUUUAAAGCAAAUAACACACACACACACACACACACACUUUAAAGAUUAGGUACAAGACUGAUUGUCAUGUCUGAUUGACAGCGUCUCUGAGUCUUGGGGGCGGAGCUUGUUGUAUAUAUGAUUAUAUGACAUCAUCUAUACACGUGUUACAUUUUAAAGACACAAUACUGGUGUAAGUCUAAAAGCUAAGCAGAUUGACGUGGACGCGAUCCAGCUAGCCUAGCUAAUAUUAACUGUCUGAUGCGAGCUAGUUAGCACGAGUAACUAAGUAACCGGUGUUGUGAUGCAAUAUGAUCAGGUUAUCUUAAGCUCCGCCCUCCAUGAAUCAGGAACUGUCUUUAAACAGCAGCAUAGGAAGGAGAUGGUGAAAACUUUACGCUAAACAUUACUUGAAGACAAGAGACACAAAUGACACUUUAUUUCCACACAAUCUUGUACAUAGUGCUGUGUUGCCAAACCGCGCGCCUUUUUUUAUUUGCUAGCUAUUAAUAUUAAAAUAAUUUGAACAAGAAACAACGUUAAACUUCA